AUGGACGGCAAUCCUUUCGGCCGCCAUCAUCGUCACACCCAGCGGGGUGCAUUUCCAUUCGAUCCACAACCUCUCGAAGCAAACGACGAUUUUUCCGCUCCCUGGCCCGCUCCCGCCAGUGGCAUCGCCGGCGUUUCCCCCGCUUCCGCCUCCGCUGCUGUUUCCAUCUCCCACUUCCUCCCCACUCACUUCAACCCUCCGAAUGCUUCCGCAUUUGGCGCAGCCGCUGGAUCCCCGGCGGACCGUUCCGCGGCUGCCGCGCAGCCCUUUCUGCGCAAUGAGGUGCAGUUUUCCGCGCCUUCUGCGCCUUUCGCGCCGUCUCCCGCAGCUGCGCUUGAGUUCGCGUUGCUAGAAUCGCAGCUGUUAUCCGCAGUGGCGCAGCAAUCGUCUCAUCAAGCGUCUCAUCAAGCGUCGCAGCAACUCUUAACCUGCAUCAAGACCUCCACUAAUGAGGAUGCCAUCGCCAUGGUGCUCCUGCUCCUGCUGGAAGAGCAGCGCGCUGCCAAGGAGACAUCCUUCUUCCUCAAGCGCCUGCGGGUGAUUCGCUCCGAGUACCUGCUGAGGCACCACUCCCUUGUACGCUCCAUCGAGCUCAAUCUCCACCGGGACGUCGCAGACAACAACGCGAUCCGCCAGCAGGAGAUCCAACGGCUCAGGCGCGUCUGCGUGGCCGGCAUGACAGCUGGCGCGUCGCUCUCGCAGCACCAGAUGGUGUACCGGCGGCUGUGGACGCGGCCGCGGUCGCGUGCGUGGUGGGAGGAGUGUAUUGACCCGAAUUACCCCACGGAAACGUUCCGAAAGACAUUCAGGAUGAGCCGGGAGACCUUCAUGGAGCUCUGUGAGAUUCUGGGGCCGCUGAUUGUGAAACGAUCAACCAGAAUCAGGGAGGCGAUUCCUGUGGACAUCAGGAUUGGAGCGUCGAUCUGGCGCUUGGCCACUGCCGAGCCUCUGCACUUGAUCUCCAGGAGGUUUGGGCUCGGCCAGACCACGGUGCAUUUCGUCUCGAAUGACGUUCUCAGGGCGCUGAACGAAGUUGUUUUGCCCAAGGUGGUCGUUUGGCCCGAGCCGGGCAGCACCCGGGCAGCUGAAAUUUCUUCCCAAUUUCUGGACUUGUUCGGGUUGGAUCACGCUUCGUCUGUGGCACAGCAGCUGGGAAACGGGAAGCUGAUUGCAACUCUCUACACAACGCACCUGCCCAUCAACACGCCUCGGUCUAACCUUGCAAAGUACCACAACAAGCAGCACACUGAGCGUUUUGCCCGCCCCUCCUACUCCAUAGCCAUGCAAACGGCCAUUGAUGCUAACGGGCAGUUUUUAGACCUUUGCAUCGGGCUGCCCGGCGCGCUUUCUGACGAGGAGGUGUUGCAGCAGUCGACCCUCCACCAGAAAGGACAAGCUGGAGAGCUCGAGGGAGCCAAGGUCAUCGGGUUGCGGUCGUACCCGCUUCUGGAUUGGCUGCUGGUUCCGUACGCCCAAUCAGAGAGCUCCACGUGGUACCAGGCGACAUUCAACGAGUACAUAGAGAAGGGCACUGCGGUGGGGAAAGACGCAAUUGGCCGCCUGAAGGGACGCUGGCGGAUCCUGCUUCGGCGGGCGGAGGGGAAGCUGCAUGAGCUGCCGCGGUUGGUGGGGGCGUGCUGUGCGCUGCACAACUUUCUGGAGCAGAAGGGAGAGGCGUUUGAUUCUGAGUGGGCAUAUGAGGCGUUUGAUGACUUUGUGCCCGCCAAGCGAGCCGAUGAGGAAUCCCCUGCUGCCGUGGCCGAGAGGGAUGCGCUGGCCCACGGCAUGUUCCAGGCCGUGCACGGGUGGGAGGGCGACGCUGCCAAUACGCUUUGA